AUGCUUUCUUCUGCCCAUGAAAGUGCAGCCACUGCUGCUGCCCUGGAACGAGUACGCCUCGCGGAAGCCCGCAACGAGGAACUUCUCCGGACCAUCAGCGCCAUGGCAGCCCCCACCGCUUCCUCCGACUCCUCGCCCCCUCCUCGCCAUGCUUCGGCGGAGGAUUCGGCGUCGACGGCGCUGUCUUCGCCGGCUUUACGAGAGGCCACCACGGCGGCCGAGAGUCGUCGCCGGGCCGAGCGCCCAGCAGCACCCGUCGUCAUGACCACUUCUGCUUCUGCCGCUGCUGCUUCUGCUACUAGAGCUGCUGCUAAGGGUUCUGCUGCUGCUGCUACUGCACCGUCCGCUACCACGGCUCCUUCGUCUGCUGUGGCGCCUUCUGUCGAGUGCCCGGCUCUCUUCGGUACUCUCGGCGACCGCUGGCACGACGUCCUUCCGGACGUGCAAGCGUUCUUGUCCUCUUCAGCGGUUGAGGCUGCCACCUGCGCUGCGGUGGACCGCGUCCGGGCCGAGCGCUUGGCCCGCGCUCGCCAGCUGGAGGACGAGGAAGACCAAAAGGAGGAAGUGGGCAGUCGGAGCGCCCUCGCCCACAUGGAGGAUGCCGGCCUAAACAUGGCCACCGCUCUCAAGGCCACGGAGGAUGAAAUCGCGGCACUCCAGGCCAAGCGGGCGUCGCUGUCUUCGCAGGCAGCCCGCAACCGUGAGUAGGCCGGCAUCCUCCAUGUGGGCGAGGGCGCUCCGACUGCCCGCUUCCUCCUUUUGGUCUUCCUCGUCCUCCAGCUGGCGAGCGCGGGGCAAGCGCUCGGCCCGGACGCGGUCCACCGCAGCGCAGGUGGAAGCCUCAACCGCUGAAGAGGAGAAGAACGCUUGCACGUCCGGAAGGAGGUCGUGCCAGAUUAAUAAAGAAGUGAGUCUUCCACAGGGUCGUCAGGGAUUGCUACGCGUGAAUCCCACAACACGGGGUCAUCGUUCUUGUUGUUGGAGGGGGGGGGGAUGUUGCUCAUGAGGGCGGCGGGUGCUGAUGCGCACCACCAGCUGCUGUACCGAUUGAGUAGGGUACGCCGGCACACUGCUGUGCUGCUGGUCUGCUGGUGGUGCGGUGCGUGUGUGUGGCGGUAUCGGGUGAAUGUCAUGCCUAACUUCCCGAUUAGCCCGAUGCCGGUACGCUCGGUACCGGUAUCGCACCGGUACCGGUAUUUACAUCGUACCGAACGCACCAAACACUUCGGGAAGGUAUUGAAGCCCGUGUUACGGUUCGGGGCAUUCAUUGUCCCGCAAGUACAACCCCACAGAGGUAGUUGGCCGCAUUCAGCGGAGCCUCUGCAAGCGCUGUCUGGACUCGCCCUCCUCUGCUCACAACCAAGCUACCAUCCUGAGCUUGAACUAAAAGAAUAAGACCAUAACAUCUACAAGGAGGCCUUUGCUCCGACACUACAUCGGCUACUACAGCUGGUACGAGUAUCUUCACUACUCAUCGCACUCGGCACAGUCGUUCGAUUGCACAAGAAGAGGUCAGUGUGUGUGCAUCGUUGCAUGAGCGAACACCUGUCAGGAGCAAUAAUCCCCUUCCUCGCACCAUAAACCGUGCCGUGAACGGGAGCUGUUACGUACUUACUGCUCACACACUUGAGACCUCUACCCUGCGUGCUAGCGACUCGUGACAUGGUGUACAAUCCGUGAGCACGCGCUCGAGCGCGUGUGAGUUAUGUUGUUACAUGCUUGUAUCCCUUUGCCGCUCGGCUGCUUCGCUGUGUCCCUUACAAAACCACGGCCGCUGUGGCCGAUCCAUGAAAUUCCUGUUGUCACAAUCCAUUGCACAAAGAGAGCCAUGCUUCCCUGCGUGUAAGCUCGCGCUCGAUGUGUUUCUCGGCGUGUGAUCAAGCAUUCGCUUGUGAGUGUACGCUGCUGUGUCCCAGUGUUCGUUUAGGCCAUACCAACGAUUUUGGCGGGCUGGCAUUACAUAAAAUGGCGCGUCACCUUGCCGGUUCCUCUACAUACGCUCAAUUGCACGCAUUGAUUGCGCAUCACCGGGGUGAAAGUUCCCGGGAUGCCCGCUUGUGAUUCUAAUUCGGCCCCAGCUGUACGCUUUCUCCAUGGGACGGCCAUAGGUGGGAAGUACUCGAACACACACACUGCUCGCCUCACCCGUCUUUACCGUUGCCGCCUACUCGAAAAAGCCAAUGAUUGAUGAAAAGAGCGAAAAGAGACUGAGCGUGAUCGCAUGGAAAGAAGGGGCAGCCAGAAGUUGUGUUGUGUGUCGCAGUCUCCCAGGCCAGGUGUUCCCGUUUGCUCUCGAUGCCCGUACGCCGUCCGUCCGCUGUGGUUUGCGUGUACACCCGUUUGCUCGUGCGUGCUUUCCUAGACAAUACUAGUAUGGACCACAUCUAUCAUUGCUCCGUCUGAAGACCCUGUGUUUUUUUUAUCACGCGUGUUUGUGUUUAUUAACACGCGUUGUACGACGACCGGGCCGUGUUUUUUUAAUAAGGGUUGUGUUUUUCAACACGCGUUGUACGACGAUCAGGUGGAGUGAUGAUGUUGUACCAUGUAGGUUAACUCGUUCCAUUUAUCAUUACUCCGUCUGAAGACUCCGUGUUUUUUUUGACACGCGUUGUACGAUAAACAGGCGGAGUCGAUAAAGUUGUACAUUGUCCCACGUGGGUUAACUCCGAUACAUGCGCCUUGUUCUUGCUGUGGAAACCCGAGUUCGAUUCUCGGAUUGGAAGCCACUCUCCGUUUCGUUUUUUUUUUUCUCUGUUAUUAUUAUUAUUAUUUAUCAUUUCCAUCAUCAUUUAGUGAUAUUUUUUAUAUUUUUCCAACUGUGGUCACCACUGUGUUUCCUUCUUUUAGUAAUUUAUUCAUGUCUUUUUCUCUUUUUUUUUUCUCUUUUCUAUCCUUGAUUAUUAUUAGUUUUUUUCUUCCUAUAUCCUUUCCUUUUUUUUUGUGUUCCUUGUAGUAUUAUAAUAGUUUAUUUUCCUUUUUUCUCUUGUUCCUUUUCCAUCCUUUCUUAUCAUUAUUAGUUUUUCUUGCUAUGUCCAUUCCUUUUUUCCUUCACUAUUUAUGUAUUUGAAUGACAUUCAUGUACUUCGAAUUAUUUUUUUUUUUUUCUUUUGUACUGUAAUCGUUUACCUCUCCUUUUUCGGUGCUACUAUUGAUCGGUCCCAAGUUGAAGGGGUGUCCGGUAGGUAACCGGUUGCUGUGCACGUAUCCCGUGGCUGGUUACUGCCCUGACCUUCGUUACUCCCUCCGUUGUUUUUUUUUGUCCCUUGUCCGUCGUCGUUUCUCCCUCCAGUUGGUGAAUGUUGCGAAUGCUACCUGAGCAGAUUGAGAGCAUUAAGCUGUCACCUGUUGCGCUGCACGUAUUUUCACUCACCGAUAUUUAGACUUCCAAUUUUGCACAUUUGUCAGCUGCGUUUGUAACGAAAUGUUACCGUUAUUUUUUUUAAUUUACAUGCGGCACUUCUGAAUGGUGUCGCCACACAAUUCUCGCUCAUAGGCCAAAAUUGCCAAGUAAGCCCUUUCGUUGUUGUCCUCACUCUCUCCCGUACCUGUUCUACCUUUUGCUUCCGGUUCUGCCUUUUUCGAGCCCUGUGGCCCUGAGCCGGUUGCGUUUUGUGCGCCGAUCGCGAUGUGUUAACCUUCCUUUCCGCUGUUCUCUGCGCCGCUCGGCGCUCUGCUGUCUUCCGUUUGCUCCUUGGAUUGCCUCCCGUAUUUGGCUCUGACCAGGUGGCGCCUUGUGCGUCGGUGGCUUUGCGUUGACUUCCCUUCGGACCCGGUUGCACCUUUCGCUGCAAGCUGCGGUUACAGUUUCUGCGCCUUUCGCGGCAUGUUGACUUUCCUUCUGUACUCGUUGUCGCACUUCACGCGUUUCUGAAGUACGCUGGGUGCGUACGGCGCAGCUCGUACGCCGCGCACAGGGCGUUGUUGUUCAUCUUGUUACUCCUUUUUACGUUUGCUUCCCUUUUAUCCCUCGAUUUUCUUGGCGUUUAGCUGUGCGCCUGUAGGUGCGCCCCGCCGCGCGUUGUUGUGUAGUUUUGCGAUACACUUGGUGAGUGCGUCCGUCCUUCUAGGCCCUAUUUAUCAUUUUUUUAUUUUUAUGUAUUUGUCUCCCUUUAUCUAAUCGCUGUGAGCGCGUUUUGUCUGUACGCCGUCGCUGCCGGUUGUGCGCUGUUGCGCUUUGUGAAUCCGGUGCGCCUUGCGUCGGCCGGGGCGCUGCCGAGCGUACGAACGUCGCUACUGUGGGUCUCCUACUUUCGAUCGGAGCCGGCCCACCCCGAGCGCGCCAUGUUCGUCGACGGGGGGGGAGGUGCUUUCAGCACGGGGGAAGUUGCCCCUAAACGCGGCAGUGGACACAGGGUCCACGGCGAGCGGUCCACCGGGCGCUAUGCGUGCCGAAGGGCCCGGGUUUGCUCGUUCGACGCCAGCAGGAGGAUACCCUUUGGGGUCAGGUUCGGGAGGAUCUAGAGAAGGGUGCAGCUCAGGCUACGGUGUGGAUGGUAGGGGAGUUCUGAGUUACGAAGUUGAGAGCUGCAAGCCCAAGCUUCUGAUGUCGACCCCCAAAUGCAUGGUGGCCAAUAUUCUCGAUGGAAUCCACACAGUACAUGAACUCCAAGAAUCAGACUACCAUUUUCACUAAUUCGUGAUUACUUCAUUGGCCCGAACCCGAUUCAGCCGCUCUUGCGACUUGGGCCAGAGCCACUGGACACCUUGAGUGUUCCUUUCGACGCUUUGGGAGGAAACGCACGUCUCACGUCGUGAUGUUCUUGUUCUUUGUUUUCUUGCCACCUGUAUUUGUGUGUUGUGUGUGUGUUUUCGUCCUAUUUAUUAUGGCAACAGCAGUCCCGCCAUUUUUCGUGGGGGGGAUAUCACGUGACCGUCGCAACACAGUUUCCCGGGGACCGCGGACUACUGCUUUCCGCAAGGGGGGAGGUGCCGCGGUCUGGAGCACGGGUUUUUGAAGGCAUGUCGUACCACCCAGGCACUAUCGAAGACCGAGGGGAUUAUCCGGCACGGCCCCGUACGCAUUAGCAGCGCUUGUCGUGCCAACAAAGAUCCAAAAGAGAUCUCUCGCGGGGGCAGCUGCUAGACCGUGAGGUCGGUUUGAAACGCCGGUCGAAUCUCCCACGCGCGUCAUGCCCCACGAACUAUUCCAUCACUCGCGCUUCCGAUUCGGCUGCUUCGCAACCAUCCCAUGCUCGCAAGCACAAGGUUCACACACCGACGAAUGUUGAAGAGCGCAGGCUCAGUUUGAUCAACCAACCAACUCUUAGCACUAACAACAUCCCUAGCACGCUUCUUCGGUUGUCUGCUGUGUCUGUGUCUAUGCGAAUAUUCAUGAGCGCGCACAUUGUGUGUGACCAGCUUAUUGACACAACCGCCUACAUAACUUUCUUAACACUACCAACUUCACGCUCGCGUUUUCUUCCGGUGUCUGCUGUGUCUGUCAGCGAAUAUUCAUUGAGCGCGCACAUUGUGUGUGACCAGCGUACUGACACAACCCAUGCGCUUGCCCGCUGCUUACCGUUUGCUUUGCUCGAGUACCCUCCCACGCACUGCGCGUGUGUGUCCAAUCAUGUGGCACGCGUAGUCCCGUUUUCAAUCCUGCAAAAAUAGCAUGCUAUCGUCCAGUUGUUUUCAAGUAGUUGUGAGUGUAUCGGGUACUCCACGCCAUGGCAUGGGCGGGAGUUUCUCCUACGUUCGAAGUACGUCGCGGGAGUACCAUAUAUUGCUGCAAACACCCUCUGGAUGUCUUCAGCAAGGGGGGAUCUCCCGCGGCGUAAUAUCACUUCUCCGACACCGUGAAUUAUUGCCUUCCGAGGGGGGGAGGUUAUGAUGAGUCUCGUUGGACAAGGAACAGCAGCUUAGCCUUGGUGCGAGAAGAUCAGCAACAACAGCCACCGCCACACGAAGCGAAGUACCCAAGAAAAUGUCGCGUGUUAAUAAGUAACCAGUUUGCUGUAGAUAUCAAGUAUUUGCUUCUUGCUCCAUCAAGACCUCUUGUUCCUCGUGCCGAGAGCCGUAGAACCGCCACGACGUUAAACGUUUGUUGCGUGGUUUCGCAUCAACCAUAUCAAUAGAAUGGACCGAACAGGCAAUCUUCGCCUCUCCACCAGGUUGUCGCCGAGUGCAUUCAUCUUUCGACUCUUUGAUGUGGGAGUGUAAAGCUAUUCCCCAAACUAGUGUAGAAUGGCGAUUGGAUGCCUACAUUGCGCGUGACAUCUGCCCUACCCGCAACUAGCUUCCCAGCCGCACCACCGCGUGUGCCGUCGUCCGCCCGUGAAACUCGGAGUGCCUCCCUUUAGGUUUCACCUUCCAGAGACUAAAGCAGAAGGCUGAAGCUUCAGGGACAAGAGUUGUCGAGACCGUUACUGACAGGUGCGCGGCAGCAACCAGAACUGGAGACAUGGCGCGGCAGGAGCUAUAACGUUGUCUUCACUGGAGACCGUCUUCGUCGCACCCCAGGACUCAUUUGUUGCGUUGAUGUCAUGGUGGGGGGAAGGAUUUUCUGGUGUUGUUAUUUGGAUGGUGAAGUCUGGGUGUCUCUGGUGAAUUCGGUGCUAUCGGAGGAUGAGGUUUCUUGAGGUUCAGUCGUGAUGAUGGGGUUCACUUUUUUGAGCCUAUGUCUUUGCUCCUACUCGGUAGGCGGUACCGAUGUUUGAUUGGUGCGUCCACUGUGUGUAAGCGUGCAUGCGUGGACUUGGUAGGUCCUGUAGGACUUGGUCGCAAUCGCUGUCAUGAUUGUGAUAACACUUAUAGCCAGUGGCGGUAUGUCGGUCUAUUCCACUGGCAUGGAGAGCGAUCUCCAU